UGACCUAUGGGGAGGAGCGUUUGCAGCCAUUCAGUGGUUGGAGUGGAUCACUAUUUGGCAUUUUCCCGUGUGUAUGAGUACUCGCUCGUCUAUCUGUAUCGGGCAGGAAAACGGGAGAGGGCUUCGGUGGAGACUUCAAACAACGGGGUGGCAUAUUCGUCUGUAUUUCCACCUCCUGGCUCCGGCGACAGCUCGAACGCUCUGAUGGAGGCGGAAAGAUCCGGCGGGGUGGCUGGAGGAACGAACCAGAGCCCCGCAGGAAGCGGAGCGGGGCGCAAUCCGAACGGGCCGAAGGCUGUGCUCGGUCCGGCUCCCACCGCAGCAGCCGCCGCCGUGUCCGGGCCGAUGGCUGGAUCGUCCCAGCCGCGAGAUCCGCAGGACGGGGAAGCGGGCCUCUCGUUGCCCGGGAUCUUACAUUUCAUCCAGUUCGAAUGGGGCCGCUUUCAAGCCGAGAAAUAUCGCUGGGAGGCCGAACGAGACGAGCUGAGGGCUCAGGUGGCUUUUCUGCAGGGUGAGAGGAAAGGUCAGGAGAACAUGAAGCAGGAUCUGGUGAGGCGAAUCAAGAUGCUGGAAUACGCUCUGAAACAGGAGAGGUCCAAACAUCAGAAGCUGAAAAGUGGCACUGAUCAGAGCCCUGGAGAGAAGAAGCCAGAGACCGAAGCUGAACCAAUACCCAAUGGGCCUGCAGAUUCCGACUCUGAGCCAACCAAUCAGAUGCCUUGGAAGGAGGGCCGGCAGUUAUUGCGCAAGUACCUGGAGGAGGUGGGAUAUUCCGACACCAUCUUGGACAUGCGCUCCAAACGGGUUCGUUCUCUGUUGGGUCGCAAUAGUCCAGAGGCGAACGGGCCUCCUCCCAAUGAACCGCCUGCAGAACCAGAACCUCACGGAGGAGGAGAAUCACUACUAGUGCGCCAGAUAGAAGAGCAGAUCAAACGGCGUGCUGGGAAAGAGAGUUCGAAAGAACGGAUGGACAGCUCUGUCCUGGAUAAAAUUCCUUUCCUUCGUGGCUGUGAGGACGACGAUGAGGAUGACAGUGAUGAAGAAGAAGACUUCCAGGGCAUGACUACAGACUGCAUUGAUGGACGCAAAAACAAGAAGUCCAGGAGCAAGAUGGGCGGAGAACCCAUGACCACAGAUCUUGACCCUGAGGACGAGGAUGAUGAAGAUGAUUCUGAGGACGCCCUGGGCGAGUUUGAUUUCUUGGCCUCAGGAGAGGAAGGGGAAGGUGCGGGAGAAGCUCGCAUAUCUGGAGACGGUCGUGAAUUAGGUUCAGAGAACCGCCGGAACAAAUUGCAAGGCAUUAUGUCAGAUUUUCCUCCCAAACCCACUCCACCUCCUUCUAUCCCGGGCCAGGCACGCUCCAGUGAGGGGGGCGCUCUUGGCUUCUCAUCUGAUGUCUUCAUUCUGGAUGCGGUUGGAGGAGGAGAUAUGAACCUCGGAGAGCUGGCGGACCUUACUGUUGCCAACGACAAUGACCUCACCAUUGAUUUGCAGGAAAGUCGAGAAGAGUUCAAAAAAACAUGGAACCCUCGCUUCACACUACGAAGCCACUUCGACGCCAUCCGAGCGUUGACCUUUCACCCCAGCCAGGCCGUGCUGCUGUCCGCCUCUGAGGAUGGGACACUCAAGCUGUGGAACCUCAACAAGGCAAUGCACUCCAAAAAAAAUGCAGCGCUGGACGUUGAGCCCAUUUAUACAUUCAGAGCACACAGUGGUGCUGUUCUUUCUCUGGCUAUGGGUGAGGAGGGAGAAUCAUGCUACAGCGCCGGUCUGGACGGCACCGUGCGAGGCUGGAAGAUUCCAGACCUUAAUGUGGAUCCUUACGACAACUAUGAUCCAGGCGUGGAGAGCAGUGUGUUGUCGGGGCAUGAGGACGCAGUGUGGGGUUUGGCUUACUCCUCCAGCCUGAAGCGUUUGGCCUCCUGCUCAGCAGAUGGGACUGUGCGGAUUUGGGACCCCCAUAAUUCCUCACCGUGUGUGUCUGUUUUCAACAAGGAGAAAGAACACGGCACUCCCACCUCGGUUGCCUUUGUAAACACCGACCCGUCCCAGGUUGUUGUGUCUUUCGAUGGGGGCGAGACUCUGCUUUAUGACCUCAACACAGAGCAAAGCAUCAUGGUCCUGGAGACCCAGACUAAGGAUGGCAGCGAGCUGAUUAACCGCGUGGUCAGCCAUCCGUCCCAACCAGUUUCCAUUACAGCCCACGAGAAUCGUACCAUCCGCUACCUGGACAACAAGACAGGGAAAGUGAUUCAUUCCAUGGUGGCUCACCUGGAUGCUGUAACCUGUCUUACCACAGACCCUAAAGGCACUUACCUCAUCUCCGGCAGUCAUGACUGCUCGGUGCGCUUGUGGAUGCUGGACAAUCGCACGUGUGUGCAGGAGAUCACAGCACACAGGAAAAAACACGAUGAGGCCAUUCAUGACGUGGCCUUCCACCCGUCGCAGCCCUUCAUCGCCAGCGCUGGGGCCGACGCGCUCGCCAAGAUCUUCGUUUGAUUUUCUCACUGGGGAGCCACCCUCACUACUGGGCCAAAAGAGUGAAACGCCGAAUAUCCGCACACACACGCUCACACACUCACUCAAACGAGGGGGAACAAUGUUCUACACAUGACUGCCUGUGUAAAAGGCAAACGACCCAUCAUUCUUUUAUGCCUCACAUGUUGUGAUACAAACUCUACCGCUUUCAAUACUAAUGAGUUUGCUGCUCUGGUCCUGAUUUUAGUUUGAGAUGACACUACUAACAAUCUGCACAGUGUGUUGCGAAGAAUGUCCAAUCUGUUGACGGAUGGACCACGCAAGCACACACCUUAACACAACACACACCCUGGAUUUUAAUAUCAUGCUCGGUUUAGGUUGAGGAUUUGAAGGCUCUCGGUAAACAAGACAUUACUCAAGCCUGCGCAUUUUCUCAAUGUAAAUUGCAUUAGUGCUAAUCUGUGAAUUAAUGUCCUCGCGUAACUGUCGCCUAGUAACGUGAGGUGAUCGAUGCAUUUCAUUCCAAAGACUGCUUUUUUUUUUGGUUUCGGUUCAGCUGCGAAGUACAACACAGCUUUACCUUUAGCCUCACAGCUAAGAGCCUUAGUAUUUCAGCCUUUCAUAAUCACUUCCUCCACACAUUUCAUUCGUAUGACGAGUAGACCUUGAAGUAAAACCAAACACGUGUGUAUCUGCGUGUGUGACGGUGUCAGCACAAGCCUUUCGCAAUCACCGUCUCCAUUCAUAUCCAAUCAGGUGGCAUUAUCUGUAAUAGUCAGGUGACUGUUGAGUAGUGUAUUUAUUGUAGUGUUCGAUAUCGGUCAGAAGACUUUUUUUUAGGAAGAUCUGCAGUUGGAUGAGUAACUCAUUUCUGUACAUAAGCAGGAUGUGCUGUACAUAGCACUCUUGUUUCACAACCUUGGUGCUAAGAUCUCUGAAUCAGGGACCUGUUCACGACGAGGGUCGUAAAGUAUCAAAUCUCGGUUGACCCCUGCCAUUCCUCUGAGUCAUCAUGUACAGUUCUUUGGCAUUUCAGAAAUGCAGCCAGUGUGUCUGGAAUUUCCGAAUACAUCCGGUUUGCCGAAGUGGCUUUUAAGGUUUUGUCAGGGUAUUUUUAAGACGAUAAACUCUAUAUCCAAUCUUGAGGAUCUUCGGUUGAUGAUCGUCUCCAAAAAAAAAAAAAAAAAUUUGUAACAAACUACAAGUUCCCCUGUUUAAGUGCAGCUGUAUUGUCGAUUCUUGAGUUUCUCGACAUCUGUGAUCUCAACCCAAGUUCUUUUUUUU